AUGACCGUCUGGUUUGCUGCCUCCACUGCCAAGGACCAAGACAGACUGCAGCAGAUCAUUUGGUCAGCCGAGAAGGCCAUCGGCUGCGACCUGCCGUCCCACCCUGACCUGUUUCACUCCAGGACCAGCAAGAGAGCAGUCAGGAUCAUUGCUGACCCUUCCCAUCCGCAAUUCCCGAAGAGCGAGAGGGGCCAGGCUCCGGCGGAUCAGGCCGUGGUCCAGCAGGAUUUGCCUAAAGGAAUGCAUCGAUGUAAUCCAACCAUUGAGGAGGGGGAGACCAAGUCUCUUGCCGGGCGACAUGAGAGCACCGUACUACUGGAGAGGCACCCGGUGAUGAACCUCACUAACAGAGAUGACUUUCAGGAGGCUUUGGUGAAAAACCUUAUCAUUGUUUUCCUGGGUAUUGUCAUCAACUGCAUCAAUGGGAUCAUAGUUUUGACUUUCUGCAAGAACUCUGUUUUUCACAGUGACUCAAGAUACAUUCUGUACAUGAAUCUAGUAGUGAACGAUAUGAUCAUGAUUUAUGUUUCUGUGAUAAUGUAUGUUUUGACUUAUGCCUAUCCAAUUUUUAAUGCCUCCAUGUGUUGCAUUUUGGUUGUGACAGGUUCAACCACACACAUGAACACACCAAUUAUCUUGGCAGGUAUGGCUAUUGAGCGUUAUAUUGCCAUCUGCAAACCUCUCCAUCAUAACCAGAUCUGCACAGUACGCAGGACUUACAGUAUCAUUGCUCUCACCUGGGGAGUCGGCUUUGUACCUGCACUGGUUGAUGUUAUCAUUGUCCUUGCCACUCGGCCUAUAGACUUUUUCUCAUCAGUAAUCUUUUGUUUCUACCUCAGCUUAUACAACACCCGAUACCAUGAAGAAAAGGCAAAAGCGGUUCAAGCCCUUUAUAUGUCAUUUGUGUGGCUGACGCUGAUCUAUACCUACUUUAUGAUAGUACGAACUGCCAGAGCAGCGAAAGGGGACACUGCUUCAGCCAAAAAGGCACAAAACACCGUUUUAUUACACGGAGCUCAGCUGCUUCUCUGUAUGUUGUCCUAUCUCACUCCUUUUCUUGAUAUUGUUUUAAUCACUUUUUUCCCAAUCUAUCGCUCAAAAAUAACAUUCACGGGUUACCUAAUUACAAGCAUUAUUCCAAGGUUGCUCAGUCCUCUUAUUUAUAGUAUUAGGGAUCAGAAAUUUGCCAAACACAUGUCGCAGUACUACUCCUGCAAAGUCAUCCUUUUUAAAGGCAGAGUGGAGAGGGGGAAGCUGAAGCAUUCUAGCAAGAUGAGGGUUUGUUCUUUAAAGGAUUAA